AUGGCCUCCGGUAGUCAAGCUGGGGCGAAAGGGUACACACACUUCCGAGGUUGUGGUUGUGCUUCAGCACUUCGAGCAGAACCCCAACACACGGAGUUGCUUUCCAGUCAUCAGACCCAUCGCUCAAACUAUCUCUUUCAGCCAUGGCAAUAUGCCUCAAACGGCUUCCGCGAUGGGUUCCUAGAAGGAAAGAUACAUGAAAAGGCCUCUUGGUCGUUAGUGAUUCAAGUUCUAGGAGGAUUCCUGAAACUGUAUGAACGAUCACCUCGACCUGCCUCCUCGAGUCAGGUCGAUCAGGGUGGAUACGACCCGGUGCUCGAUUGUCCCGCUGAGACGGCCCGGAGACGCCAAUGA